CCUUUAUUAGUGUAGACCAGUCAACUUUCCUCAUUUCUGUAGUUUCGACCCGAGGAGACAGAGGGACAGAUCUACAGUGGUUGAGGUCCAGCAGACAUGAUGCAGGCUCUCUGGCCUCUGCUGCUGUCUGCUCUUCCAGUUCUGCUGGGAGCUUCAUCACUGUUCGUGGAGAAGGAAAGCACUGGUUCAAGGAUCUGUAAACCUGCCCCGCAGUGGGAGAUCGAUGGCAAGACUCCCAUGAAGGAACUUCUGGGAAAUGUAGUCGUCGUGGCUCUUCUUAAAGCCAGCUGACAUUUCUGUCUCACGCAGGCGGCCAGGCUGGGAGACCUGCGUGACAAGCUGGCUAAUGGAGGACUGACUAACAUUUCAUUCAUGGUUGUGAAUGAGCUGGAUUCUCAGUCCAGAGCCAUGUACUGGGAGCUGAAGAGGAGGACAGCGCAGGACAUUCCUGUGUACCAGCAGAGCCCACUGCAAAAUGACGUCUGGGAGAUUCUGGAGGGGGACAAGGAUGAUUUCUUAGUGUAUGACAGAUGUGGAUACCUCACCUUUCACAUUGUCCUGCCAUUCAGUUUUCUUCACUAUCCUUAUAUAGAAGCUGCCAUCAGGGCUACAUAUCACAAAAACAUGUGCAACUGCUCACUAAACGCCAACUUUUCCCUAUCAGAAGGCUCUGACAGCACCAAAAAUGAGCCCGCAGGAGAAAACAACCCGCGGCCCAACAGUACAGAGCCGGUAACUGCUGCUCAUCAUCAUCAUCAUCAUCAUCAUCAACAACAACAUGAGCAUCAUCAUCACAAUCCUUAUCCAAAUAACCAUAAAAAAGCAGGUGAUUCAGAUGUGACCGGGAAACCAAAGGAGCCAACCCAUCAUUCUCAUCAAGAACAUGUUCAUAGUCACAGAUAGUUUUUAGACAUUACUGUAUUUAGAUUUUUUGUGUUAAAUAAGGUUUUCUUGUGUAAAUAUAUGAAGCCGAUCUUGUGUCAGAACUUCAUAUUUACCUCAGAGGGGGUGUUCAGUUGUCUUCAGUGUAUUUCUGUUCUUAAUGAAGUGUACACUUUAAACCUGAGACAGGGGUCUGUAUGCGGAUGUUGAACACAGGAGUCAUUUAUUUACACUAAACUUCUGAUUCCCCCCCUUUUUGAGAAAAUGUGAUAGUGCUGAACUAAGUGGUUGCUUUGAUUAUAAUAUAAUAACAGCCUUUUGUUUGCUAAUAUGUUGUAUGAUAUGUUAAAGGGCACAUAGGUUACCCCUUUUUUCAUAUUUAAUAUAAGUCUUUUUUGUCCCCAGAAUGUGUCUGUUAAGUUUCAGCUCAAAACACCCAUCAGAUUAUUUAUUUUAGCUGUUUGAAGUGUCUAUAUUAUAGCUGGAAAAAAGGUUUAGCUGUUUUUUUUGUACUGGCCCUUUAAGGCUAGUCCUCCCUGCCCACCUUUCCCACGUGCCUGUCAGCAAUCGUUGCCCUCGGCUGCCUCAGGAAGCAGAUCUCACAUAACGUGUGUGAGAAAUACUACAGUAAGAACUUUAACAAUCAGUAUUUGAUGCAUUUUUUUGUGUAUUUGCAACAAUGAGUCACACACAGUGUCAUUACAAAGUUCACGCACACAUACAGCAAGGACACAAACACAUAGCGCACACACAUACACACACAAAUGUAGCGCUGACAUACACACACACAUAGCUCAGACGCGCACACACACACACACUUAGCUCAGACACGCAGACACACACAGAGAGAGAGAGAGAGCGUUAAGCUUUGCACUCGUUUUGCACGCAUGUGACAUGAUAUUGGUAAUAUCCACUGCUGUAUGGAUAUUUCUUAUAUUAAUGUAUAUUAAUAACUGGGAUUGAAGCGUCUUUCUUUAUAAUUGUUCUGACACGCGGCUGUGCUGAUUAGGUGCAUCUGAAGUGAAUCGCUGUAAUUCUUUGCACACACAUGCUCUGUUUUAAGACAUUUUAAACUUGUGAAACUCACUCUUGAUCACAUUUGAUGAUGAUUGAUGAUCCUAGCGAACUGAAGACACCUUUUAUUCCCGGCUGCUUUGCGCUCCUCCCUUGAUGAUAUGAUUAUACACGUGACUACCAGACAUGUUAAUGCACGCAGCUGUCAAUCAAUAUUGGUGGGCGGGGGGACCGCACUCCUACGUAAAGUUGUGGUCGAUCUGAAAACGGCUCCAAUUGGUCAACUGUUUUUAUGUUGUUAAAUUUGAAAAAAAGGACUGGGUGUGUUUAUUUCACCAAAAUAUAGUAGUUUAUAUACUAUACUUACACACAUUUCUGUCUAAACAGCUUGAAAAGUAAAUUUUUCACCGUAGGUGCCCUUUAAGGAAAUGUGAACACAGCCUAGAAUGGUGUAAGAUAUGCAAAGAGCUGUGUAAUAGAUACAUACUUUACAAAAUAAUAAUAAAACCCCCAAUUUAAUAUGUUUUCUGGUUUUUAGCCAAUUUAAAUAGAUAGUUUAAGUGUUCUUUACAUUUUUUCUCCAUCCUUUAAAAAAAUUGGGAUUUUUUUUUUCUUCUUUUGAGCACUAAAGAAUGUUUCGAACUAUGCUAGAAACUGGAAGUCCUUUAGUUCAGUAGUAAUUGUUUUCCUACUAUGGAUGCCAAAGGAUACCAGAAACUGACAUUCCUCAAUCUUCUUUUGUGUUCAAGAGAUCAUAAAGGUUUGGAACCUAUUUCAGGGUGUGGGGAUGGUGUGCAAAUGUUCCCUUUUAGGUGAACUAAUACUAUAACAUGUUUUACAACAUAACCGCUUGGUUUACCAAGUUGCUAACAUACUGUAGCAUGUUACUAUGUUUUAAUAACUGCUAGCAUGUGUUGUUGGAAAGUUUCGGUGGUAUGUAAUUAUAUGCGAACAUAUCAUGUUAGUACUGCUUUUAUAUUUAUUGUCAUUCAGGUUAGUCUGGGACAUGACCUGGUAAACCUUGAUCAAUCAGGUAUGCUUGUACUGAAUGUGUUGACAAGUUUAAUAACGUUUUCAAAGUUUA